UUUUGGUGUCCAUGCUUUAGAGCUGUCAAAUAGGUAUUUAAAUGUAAAAAAAAACGUGGAUUUGGUUGUGCAGCCGCGAACAUCAACUUUUUUGGUAAGAGACCACAAAGCGCAGGGAUCAUGAAAUCGUCCAAAAAAGAAGCUCGCCUGGAAAACAAGAAGCGGAAAUUAGAGGCUCUGGUGAAAAUCUCGAAGUUAAACGAGUCUGACAACGAACAGAAGCGUAAAAAAAUGGAAUUGACAGAGGAAACGAGUAAAGUGAACAAAGAAAUAGAUCUUGGUGAACCAUUGGUGAAGCGAUCGAAAUCAAAUGACUCUGCAACAAAAGCAGACGAAUCAGAACGUGGUUCAGUGCUAUCGGAUGAGGACUACGCUCAAUUGAAACGAGAGUUAAAACACAAAAAGCGUGAAUUGAAAAAUGUUCCAAAACUGAGGAUGAAAUUGUUCGGCGAUAAUGCACUACUGACAAUACCAUCGCCAAAUCGGACGCCAAUUCUAUUCACCGAUAUUCAACACUUGAUCAUGUACGGACUGUUUGGCAGUUCAUCGCCGUGCGUACCAACGAGAUGGUGUCAUUUGGAAAAGGUCAAUAAAAUAUCGCAUACCGUUGUUGUAGUGAUCGAUGGCUUGUCACUGUACCAUUUCUCGUCGCAUGAAUCGCUUUUGAAAUCCGCACAGCAAAUCUUUGAGCAUAAACUUGAGGUGGUGAUGCCGGGCAAAUCGUCCGAUGAAAUGGUGAAUGAAAUAAUGAUGGUGCCAUUGACAAAUAUCUUUCGUGAUGAUCUCAUCGAAAAAUAUGGUAGCUUAGAAGCCGCAAUUGACUCAAUAAAAAAUCCCGUUCUGAUGGUAAAUUCUAUAUUUCCAGUGUCGGACAGCGAAAACAACGAUGGCAAAAGUACCACAGCCACAGCAAAAAAUGAUACUGAAGUGUUUUCACGCACACAACUACUGUUGUCUGCAUUGCAAAUGAUCGAUGAAGGUUAUCCGUUGCCAUUGCGCGGUGAAUUGGCCAAUCGCUACAAAGAAUUCGUGAUGACAAAGGAUAAGUAUGAAGCGGUAACGGCCCAAAGUCCAAUGUUUGGUGUCGAUUGUGAAAUGUGUCGAACGUCGGUCGGUGUAAAUGAACUCACCCGAAUAUCUAUUAUCGAUGAGAAUCACGAAAGCAUCUACGAGACGCUCGUAUGUCCUCGAAAUAAAAUCGUUGACUAUUUGACACCAUUCUCCGGUAUCACGCCCGAAAUGAUGAAAAAUGUAACGAAAACAUUGGCCGAAGUACAAGCCGACAUCCGGAAGCUGUUACCCGCCGAUGCGAUUCUGGUCGGUCAAUCGUUACACAGUGAUUUGAUGGCAAUGCGCAUGAUGCACCCGUAUGUGAUUGACACGAGUGUCAUAUUCAAUAUCUCCGGUGAUCGUCGGCGUAAAUCAAAGCUACAAACGCUGGCACAUGAAUUUCUUGGCGAAGCCAUUCAAAAGAACCCAUUGGGCCAUGAUUCAAUCGAAGAUUGUUCAGCGAGUUUGAAAUUAACCAAAUUGAAAUUGCAACGGGGUAUUGAUUUUGGCGACGCCAUUCUCGCAAAUAGUCGACGAGUGAACGAGAGAAAUCGAAAUGAGUCAACGUCUAGUGAAACAAGUAAUUUGAGUAAACCGGCGGCGGUAGCAGCAUCCACAGCAGCAUCAACUUCAACAAACAAAAUGGAUCGUAGUACGGCUGUUAUUACCGCCAACGAUGAAUUCACCGAAGCGUACGAACGAACAGUCAAAGACAAAAUCGACGACAACCAAGCAGCAGACAAAAAAGUGCACAUUUACAAAAAUGCAUCGAAUAAAAUAGCUGUGCAGAAAACAUGUGAGGUGGCCUUAAAUCAUGCACUCACUUUAACACAUCUGAACAUCGAAUCGAGUAAGUUGGUCAACGAAAAAGUCGAAAAAACCAUGAAGAAAGUCGAUAAAUGGAUUGAAAACCUAUGGAAUAGUGCGGCGCCAAAUGCUCUUUUCGUCGUUGUUUUUUCGGGACAAUAUUCACCAGAUAGUUCGUCAACUGGAGCUGCAAUGCUUCAAAUCAAAUCGAAGGCAUAGUUUUUUUUUUUUUCAAUUUUAUACUCUUUAAAAUUAGAAUUUGAUAAUUUUUUCGCAAUGAAUAAAUAAAAUAAAAUUAGAAAGAAAUUUUCUUCCCAUUUAA